AAUUUGUACUAUUUGGGACUUGGCAAUUUCUCCCCCCCUUCUUGCGCACCUCCUCGUCCUCGUCCUCAUCACGUUCAGUAGGUGAGAGUCUCUUCAGCAGCUCACUCCACUCACUCUGUCAGUGCUGCACAGAGCUCUUCUUUACAGGACGUGAGCAUCAAAAACAGCCAAAAUGACACACGAGGGAAAGAGGAUGACGUCCAGCCGUAGGCAUCAUCUGAAGAGUGUGAUGCUUCAGAUUGCUGCAACCUGGAUUGAACAAGAGAAGAAGGACCUCGUAGCUGCAAAAGAGGCCUAUAUAAACGAGAACUGCCCGGCCCCAGCCCUCAGCGGAGACCAGGCUGCCCUAAUUGAAGCAUGCAAGAAGCUCUAUCAGGCCAUUGACAAGCUUGAUGAGUCGAGGUACGAUGCCAUGGUCAAAGUCGAGAAGGCUGACAAAGAGAUAGCGGAGCUGAAGCUGAAGGUUGUAGACUUGGCUGGAGUGAAGAAACCUGCCCUGAAGAAGGUGCGCAUGUCUGCCGACGCCAUGCUGAAGGCUCUGCUGGGCUCCAAACACACCGUCAACAUGGACCUGAGGGCCAACCUGAAGCAGGUCAAGAAGGAGGUCAAAGAGGAGCCAACAGAACAAGUGGGUGACUGGCGUAAGAACAUUGAGGAUAAGGCUGACAGGAAGAAGAUGUUUGAGACCUCCUAAAAACCUCCCUGGAACUGCGGGGACUGUAGCAGCAUGGAGGUUUCAGUUGGAGGUCUGAGGGACUGAACAUGUCCAUGCGUUUAGGUCGCCCUCAUCCUGGUUCUUUCGUUGUUUGUGUGACGCCGUCACCCCUGAGAGAGACUGAACCCAAAACAAGGAAACAUCUUGCAUGCAGUUUAAACUUCUGGCAGAAAAUCAUCACUUUCAAAAAUGUACAGGUUUCCAUGGAAGCAGUAGAAAUAAAUGUUUUGAAAUAAG